CCAGCUUCAACGUCGAUCACGGUGAGUGCAAGUUCAAAAGCUAUUUUUUCUUUUGGAUGAACUCUUUAGAUGACGAGUCUGAAUCUGUUGUCGUGCGGUUUCCUCAUGACAGCACCUGUGACGAGUCUUUCAAAUUUUACCAUUCAUGCAUAUCUGAAAUUUUUCGCUUUUCUCGUCUAGUUCGUGAAAAUAGAUUUACUGACAAAAAUCUAUAUCACAGAUUAUGCCCUCUGCUGUUGAGGAUGAUUGGUCUGAUUCUGAUGACGAGAUCAGUUCGGAAGUAGAGACGGCGGUUUUGCUAGGCAUCCCUGAUGGCACGGUAGAGAAGGAAACUGAUAUCCAAGAUGCUGCAGUUUCUCGCAUUGGCGGGCAUCCUGCCAUGCUGCCUUCGAGAGAACCAUCGUUCUCUUGCUCUCAAUGCAAGAACUGUUCGUACCCCAUGGAAUUACUUGUACAGGUCUGGUGCCCAUUCGAGGACAGCCCUAUGGAUAGAGCGUUGUAUAUCUGGGGAUGCUCCCGGAGUGCGUGCCAACGGAAGGACGGGAGCCUUCGUGCUUGGCGUGCUCUGAGGUACAAUGUAGAGUACGCUGCAAAGCUUGCGAAAAAGUUGGCGAAGAAGCAAGUACAACAGAAGACCCUUCAACCAGUGAAGGCUGCACCUACAACUAAUCCGUUUUCAAUGCAGGCGGCAUUUACUCCUAGUCUUUUUGGAUUGGGUGAUCAGGUAUUCGGACAGCCAGCUUCCGCGAUUGAAGACGAGCCAGAGGACACAAGUGACACGGAAAGCGUCACGUCCGAAUCUUCUGAACAUUCAUCAAUUAUUGCGGUAGUAUCAGCAACGAUUGAUGAUUCGCCGUGGCGAGCUGCUCCGUCUUUUCCUCCUAUAUACCUCUCGACGAUCUCGGAAUAUUUGCCUCCCCAGCCCAAGACCAAAAUCCCUCAGAGUGCCCACAUAGAUGAUCUUGCUGAUGAUGAUUCUAAAGGCGGAAAGGACGUGAGCUGGGCAUUCGAACCAUACGAGAACUCCUUGGAGGUGGACAGUGUAUUUGAUCGGUUCACGAAGCGGGUGAGCAACACAGGAGAACAAUGUCUCAGAUAUGAGCUGAAAGGGAUCCCCCUACCUUUUUCUUCAGACAAAGUGUUCGACAGAUUAUUCCCUGUCCCUGCUCAGGACCCUCUCCCGGUGACGAAGGCUGCUUUCAAGGUUGUCCCUGCCGUUAGACGUUCGUACAGCACCGCUUCAAUACCUUCGUGCCCGGUGUGCAAGACGGCGCGCGUCUUCGAAUGUCAACUUAUGCCCAACCUGAUCAAUGUCCUGAGGAUCUCGAUCAAGGAUGAUGACGCGCAGGAGUUGACAGACGCACAAAGGAUGAAUGCGGUUCGGGACGUCCUGCAGAAAAAAACUGCGUCUGACAAGCGAGGUAUGGAGUGGGGCACUUGCAUGAUUUUUUCGUGUGAAAAGGACUGUUGCCUUGAUGACCACGAUAGCGACAGGGAAGCUAAGGAGUGUUGGAGAGAAGAAUUUGUUCUCGUUCAGUGGGACGAUUAAAGAAGAUGAUUCAGAAGUGUUGUAUAUCACUGGUAUUUUCCUUUCCAACGUUCGACCCAAGCCUCCUCUUCGGGUCUUUGAGAACAAUAAUUGAAUCAAUGAUCAAGCGUGAUGG